UCUGCGCUUUUCCCCCGCCAGGGCCCCGCGCGCAGGCCUAGCCGACCGACCGACCGCCAGAGUUGGGAGUCCUCUAAGGGUUCCCCCCCCCGCCCCGACUCCCUUUCGCCGCCAGGACUGUCAGGGAAAACAGGAGCUUCUUGGUUGAACCGUCGUAGCUGCCACGGCGGAAAAGAGAAAGCAGCGGCGCUGCUCCAGUCGCAGCGGGGCUGGAUUGUUUUUGUGACGGAGACCGUGAGGUGGCGGCGGCGGCUGGCUAUCUCUGAAAUAUUUCAACCAUGACUAAAAGAGAAGCAGAAGAACUAAUAGAAAUAGAAAUUGAUGGAACUGAAACAGAGUGCACUGAAGAAAGCAUUGUUGAACAGACUUACACUACUGCAGAAUUUGUAAGUCAGGCUAUUGAUAUCAAUGAACCAGUUGGAAAACUUAAAGAAACUACUAGAACCAAGACUUCAAUGUUCCUAGAAGCCCAUGAAAUCUGUCUCCAAGAUAUACAGCUGGAUCCAGACCGUAGUCUGUUUGAUCAAGGUGUCAAAACAGAUGGAACUGUGCAGCUUAGUGUCCAAGUAAUAUCGAGGCAAGGAAUGGACCCAAAGUUAAACAUCCUUGAAAUUGUAAAACCUGUCGAAACAGUUGAGGUAGUGAUUGAUCCAGAUGCCCAUCACACUGAAACUGAAGCACACCUUGUUGAAGAAACUCAAGUAAUAACAUUAGAUGGAACUAAACAUAUUACUACCAUAUCUGAUGAAACAUCAGAACAAGUAACUCGAUGGGCUGCAGCAUUAGAAGGGUACCGUAAAGAACAAGAACGCUUAGGAAUACCCUAUGAUCCAGUACAAUGGUCAACUGAUCAGGUACUGCAUUGGGUUGUAUGGGUGAUGAAGGAAUUUAGCAUGACAGACAUUGACCUCAAUACACUCAGCAUUCCAGGAAGAGAACUGUGUAGCCUCAGCCAAGAAGAUUUCUUCCAAAGAGUCCCUCGGGGAGAAAUCCUAUGGAGCCAUCUGGAACUUCUUCGAAAAUAUGUACUAGCCAGCCAGGAACACUCUGGAGAAAUAGCAACAGUUACUAUUGAUCAACCUGUGCAGAUUAUUCCAGCUUCAUGUCAGUCUUCUACUCCAACCACCAUUAAAGUAAUUAAUAGUAGUACAAAGGCAGCAAAAGUACAAAGAGCUCCAAGGAUUUCAGGGGAAGAUAGAAGUUCCCCUGGUAACAGAACAGGAAACAAUGGUCAGAUCCAGUUAUGGCAAUUCUUGCUUGAGCUUCUGACUGAAGAUGCCCGAGAUUGCAUUUCAUGGGUUGGUGACGAAGGAGAGUUUACUAAUCAACCAGAACUAGUUGCAAAGUGGGGACAACGUAAAAAUAAGCCUACAAUGAAUUAUGAAAAACUCAGUCGUGCUUUACGGUAUUACUACGAUGGUGACAUGAUCUGCAAAGUACAAGGCAAAAGGUUUGUAUACAAGUUUGUAUGUGACUUGAAGACUCUCAUUGGGUACAGUGCAGCUGAACUGAAUCGGUUGGUGACAGAAUGUGAACAAAAGAAACUGGCAAAGAUGCAACUGCAUGGGAUUACACAACCGGUCACAGCAGUUGCAUUGGCUACAGCAUCUCUGCAAACAGAAAAAAGAGAACUGAGGACUAGGACCUAAAAGCUUGACAACAUUCUUUUACACUUAGCAGUUUCUGGUUUUAAAAUUAGAACUGCAUCUAUUAAUUGGCAAUUCAAUAUGAUGCAUGAUUUUCUACAAGGAACGCUCAUAAAUUAGGGCCUUUUUCACUUAAAAAUGUGUUUCAUGAAUGUUAAGGGCACUCCACAGGUUCGUACAGGUUGUAGCAAAGAGUUUGGGAAUUAUAAGCAAAUUGAAGAUCUGUUGGUAUUGUUGUGCUACAUUGCUUAUUUUUUUCAGAGCUUAAAGCAUUCACAUAUAGAACAGUCAGAUUUUUUUUAAAAAAAAAUGGUGUCUGCACUUUUUCAGAUGCUGUGUUAAUUUCUAAAAUUAGAACAGCUUGUUAGAGCUAUCCUCAUAACUUUAAGCAUGACAGAUUGUAAGAAAAAAUUGAUAUAAAGGUGUUUUCUUUGCCCCUUAGCAAGAAGAAAAGUAACUGCUGAAAAGAGAAAUCCAAAUUUAAUGCCAAUAAGCCAAUUAUGAGUAUUUUGAUAUCUGUAGAUAAAUGUGUAUUUGAGGAGAAAAUGCUUACUAUCUUGAGAAAUUUGUUAAGCUUAAUGUCUGGCACAAAAAGGAUUUCCACAUUUUUAUUGUAGGAAUUAAAAACUUGAAUUUGUCUCUCAUCCAAAGAAUAAAUUGCUUUGUUUAAUCUACACUGCAGAGUAUAUCAGCUGUUUCUGCUUUUAUACUUGCACUGUAAUUAUUUUUCAACUGAAGACUUAAGUUAAUCACAGAAAGAAACCCCUUCUUGUUGAGUAACAGAAUUAAAGAAUGGAGUUUGAUUUCCCUAAGUUAUAUAAAUGGCUGUGUCAAAAAAUACUUUCUUUAAAUUACUUGGUUUCCAAGCUUUGUUUUAAUGCUUUGGAAAUAAAAAAAAUUGAAAAAAAACCCCAAUAUUCCUGUAAAUUUAAAAUAUUUUUAAAAUUAUACCCAGUUGAAAUCCAGAAAUGCUGACAAUAGUGCACUGUUUGCGCCUGUUUUUUGUUUUUUUUUAACUUAUAAAAUCUGGGAAACACAUUCAAGGGUAUAUUUAUUACUCUUGGUUAGUUUGGUAUAAAUAUUAUGAAUUAAGGCCAUUAAAGUUAUGGUUUACUUAAUCAAAAAUGUAGCCAAGUUGAACAGAAUAUUUAUCCUUUAUCAACAAUUAACUUAGUUGAAUAUCAUCUUUCAUAAGAAGCAAUGAUCAUACAACAUGGCUUAGUUCUAAGGACCCUAAUCUUAUAGAUGCUGUUACUUUAACAGCUCCACCAGUUUCUAAGGUAUAAUUCAUGGUUUUAUUUACUCAUUUUCAGUUACUAAAAAAACAUACAGGAAUAUAUUGUAGUGUUUAAGGAUCAUUUUGG